AUUUUAUUAAAUAGUGUGUUUUUGUGUCUAGUCACACCGACAGUAUUAUCAAGAUUAUUUGCAACUAUUUUGUUAACUAGUCUGGGAUUUUGUUAUUGUGCAUGUAAAAAAAAAAAUGAGAAUUAGCUUUUUUCCCCGAAAAUAUAUCAGACUGAAGUGAACAUUCUGUAGAUCUAUAAUGCAUUUCUAGUUUAUUUCAAUUCCCAUCUUGUUUCCCGCCUAAGCACAGCUUAUUAGUAUCACUUGUGUAUUUAAGAAGGAUGACCCUGGUUUGUUGUUAUGCAAUUUAUCAUAGACAUUUACUGAGGGAGGGAACAAAGGAGUGAGUAAGUGUGUGUGAGAGAGAGAGAAAGAGAGAGAGAGAGAGAGAGAGAGAGAGAGAGGAACUUUUGGAAAAAACAACCGCCCAAUAACCAGCCAUCAUUAAUUUAAAUUUUUUUUUUUCAUUUUUAAGAACUGUGUUAAACUUGACACAGACUGAGCUGGAUGUUUGGUUUGGACCAAAAGAAAAAAACAGAAGGAUAAAAUGAGGUGACAUUUAAUGAUCUAUACUUGUGUUUCUCAUGAUGUUGUCUCGUUCCUGUUUGUGAUCUUCCCCAUACUCCUCAUCGACUGCAAUUAUUUGGUGAACUACUGAGCCAUGAGCGUCCUGAUCAUACUAACUCUUCUCGUGCUGUGUACGACCAAUGUCCAGUGUGCUCAGGAAAAUCCUGUAUGUCCUCGAAAAGAAUCCUAUCCUGGUGUUUUGAUCUUGAGUGUGGGGUCAGAGGUCAUCCUGGACUGCACAGGCAAUCUCACUGUGGAUGGCAAGCCAUUAUUAAGAAGGACAAGAAAUACAGUGAGAGUUGACAGAAAAGGAGACGUACCUAGUCGCUGGAAACUGGAAAAAGACAGAGAGAAUCCUGGUACUAUUGGGAAACGCCAUUCAGAAAUUAAGUACUUUGCCACCCAUGCUGAAGUGAGUGAGUCAGUAACCACUGCUAACCUGCCUAUGAGCUCAGUAAAGAAGCAAGUGGCAAAUGAGGAAGUUCUUCACGCUAUCAAACAAUCCACCAAAUCCAACAGUGUGGACAGAGAUUCAGAAGAAGGCGGUGCUUUUGGCGUGACCAUGGAAAUACGGGUGAGCACUGAGAGGAGCACAAGCACAGAAUACGAAGAAAAUGAGGACUACGAAAAAAAGUCCUAUGUUAAGAGACAGACUCAGUGGAUGCGGAAUGGUCAGCUCAUCAUGGAUGGUGUGGACAAUGGCAGAGCUUUGAGACUUCCUGCGCUUCAGCUGACUGACUCAGGGAACUACAGCUGUUAUAGAAGAGGCGAACUAGUUUCAUCAGUCAAAAUCAGUGUUGGCAUCCCUCCAGAGAGCCCUACCUUGUCAUGCUACAAGAAAUCCCACAUCAGCAAAAUCCGGUGUGAGUGGAUAUCUAGACAGCCUAUCAUCCCACAGCCUCAGUGCUACCUGCUCCUCUGGAAAGGAUUGGAGAAGGCCACCCGUGUGUCUUGUUCAUACUCUGCUACAAAUUCACGCUGCUGGUGUGUGUUAGCCAGUAGGGGAGAUGACAAUACUGCGUUUACAGCUCAAAUGUGUGCGACCAACGUCGCCGGCAGUGCCACCAGCUCUCUAUACAGCUUUGUUCCUCGAAGCAUCCUUAAGCCAGAUCCUCCAGCUCACCUAGCAGUACGUCCAGUCACAGGUGAGCCACAAACAUUGAAGGUCAACUGGUCCUCACCUGCAACUUGGGGGCAAAACCUUUACUACACCCUUUACUACCAACUGAGAUACCGUCCUCUACAUUCCAAAGAGUAUCAACAGGUGGAAACAGGUGAGCUCUUAUGGUUGAUUUCAGAUGUGUUGCCACACAUUCAGUACGAGCUCCAGAUUCGAGCAAAGGACUAUUAUGAUGGUCAGUGGAGUGACUGGACCAAUCCUGUCUAUGCACAUGCAUGGUCAGCUCCUGAAUCUACUGUUGUCCCCGACAUUUACACCAGUCAGGAGACAUUCUGGAUAUAUUCUGAAGAUUCUGGAGAAUCAGAAGAUGAAAUAGAUGUUAGGCCUGCUGCUGUGACUGGUGUAAUGUGGGUGUAUGUGCUAUGGGUCGUGGGAGUCUGUCUCCUUAUCAAAAUCAUUAUGGUCACUGUCUACUUUCUAAGGCACAGAAUCCCAUUCAUGUCUAAGAAGAACACAGAGAAUGUCUCUUCGACCUCAUCUUGUUCUUCUCCUUCUUCUCUUCUUCAGGAGGAAGGGGAAGCAAUAGGCAUCCAUUUACACAACAUGGACUACUUUUUUCCUUCAGUGUCUGAAUCUUAUAGAUUUUAAGCAAACAAACUGUUAGAUGGCCAAGGCCAGUAAUUUCUCAAACACACACACGCACACACACACACACGCACAACAAACCUCCCACACACAUUUGUCAUGUUAUUUGUAUGUCUUACUAAAUGUUUAAUGACAUAAUUCUUAAUGUCCAAACAUCUUGACCUCACCAAACAAAAACAUCCCCCACCCCCACCCCCAAAGAUGCAUUAUUAAGAUAUUUACAAGGUCAAACCACUAACAUAUUCCUAUCCACUUGGGGAUAUUUGAGCCUCAACAAAAUACAGUAUGUAAAAAGAGGCUGAGAUUCAGACUGUACACCACCUUGCUUCCCUAUUAAGGGUUUUGUUUGAAAUCUGUAGAUUUGGAUUUCAAUUCAUUUCAAGUUUAUUUGUAUAGUGCUUUUAACAACUGACAUUGUCGCAAAGCAGCUUUACACAAUCGAAAGAAUUAUAUUUGAUCUGAUUAAUUUGAUAAAGAACACCUUCUUUUUGUAACAGAGCAGUACAUCACUGUAUUGAGUGUUUAUUUCUAUCUAUUGGAGUUUAAAUACAUGUUAUUAUAGUAUGACUCUAUUUUUAUCUUCCAAGUUUAGUAAUGUUCUGUGGAUUAGUAAAGGUCAGGAGGUGGCAACACAAUAUAACCUAAAACUAUAUCAAACUGUUAAAUAAUAUAUACGCAAUAUGGCUAAAAGUUAAGUAUUUUGGAACGGGAUGUUU